AGGGGCGCAGCCGAAGGAAACGAUGUGUCAUAUAUUGAGCUGAUGGGGUCCAGUCCACAACCGCAGUAAACACCAUACAUAAGUGCUCACGCCUUCUCCUUCUCCUUUGCCUCUCAAUGUCCACUCACAACAGCAUCGAGUCCAAUCCGGCGGCGUCGCCAAGGCUUCACGUACUUGAACUGUGCGAUAUCAUCCUCUUGAUAGGAAGCUACUUGGAUGCCAAGGACAUGCUUGCCUUCUCUGCCGUCUCCAGGUCGAUUCAUUAUUCCCUUGGGCCCCUUGUCUGGCAAGAUCUACAUUUCGGAUUGACCCAAAAACUGGACGAUCGCGAUAAGCCGUUUGCAAGAUCUAUACCCACCAGCCUCACUUAUAAAGCCCUGCCUGUCAAAGACCACUAUCAGGACAGCGAUGACCCCUCUCCGAACCGUGAUAACCAGGAUCAUCAACAUCAAAAUGAGUUGCUGAGCACACUUUCAAGGAUCGCGCCCCUGGUUCAGUCCCUAUCGAUCCAUAAACAUGACUCCGGUCUUCCAUUACAGUUCGGCGCGAUCUGCCAUCGGCUCGAGUCGAUCACUCUGGCGGGCUUGUCGCUUAAGGACGAGAAGAGCGGGGCUAUUUACUGGGAGAAUUGCAGGAAAAUGCUUUCUCAAAACCAGCCUCACCUGCAGUCUCUUGCACUGGUCGAUUGAAUAGAUGAGCCGAACACAGCGCCACGCGGACACCUUAUGUGGGCACCUAUCCUGAGUUGUACAGGAAGCUGGAACUUGAGGACAUUACGUCCGAAGCAAUGUCAGAUCCAGGGGGACAUUUCAAGACGCUCUGGACAGUCUUUGCUCGGCUGGAGGUCCUGGAGCUGGAAUCGACCGAGUUCGACCUGUCGAUGCCGCAAAGACGUAUCAACGGAGCAGAUGCGACUGCUAAGCGGCUUCCAAGACUGCAGGAGCUCAGUCUUCGCGGAAUAAAUACUCACCCCAGACGACAGCUCGAAUUACUGAUCCGCCAAUGCCCUGUCCUCCGGACCCUCUACUGGAGGUUUCACAAGUCAUUGUACACCAUCGACGACU